UCCAGAUAACCCACAGGCCUUGCACUCCCGGGGCGCUUCCUGCACACAGCGCGGUGGGCGUGGGCCUGGCUCGUCCCCUCCCCGCCUCCCCUCUGCCCCAGCAGGGAGCAGGACCACAGACGAAGGCAGGCGGGGCAGAGCGACCAUGGCGGGGACUCGGGCGGUCCUGCCGCCUCUUGUCCUGCUGCUCACGGGUCUGGUGGCCGCCUCAGAGACUCAAGGGGGUGAAGCUGCCCCCAGGGAGCGUCCUGGGCUCACUGACACACAUGAUUUUGAGCCCCAACUGCAGGCACACUCUUUAGCCCUGGCUGGGGGCACCCAGAAUCAGCAGGGCUCCCUGAAGGAGCGUCUGGAAAGGCUGGAGGCUGAGCUGGUGGAGCUCAGAGAGCAGAAGCGGGUGCUGCAGACUCGGGUGAGCCAGCUGGAGUCUUGUGAAUGCCGCCCGGCUUCUGCCACAUGCUGGGGGUUGGGGCGCUCCUGGCCUGAGGGGGCCCACUGGAAGCCCGACGACUGCACCACCUGCCACUGCCUGGAAGGAGCAGUAAGCUGUACCCAGUCGCCAUGCCCGACAGGCCCCUGCCUGGAGCCAGGAGGGUGCUGCCCGCACUGUGAGCCAGGCUGCCCUGAAGGCCACAAAGCUGGGGAAACAUGGCAACUGGAGCCCUGCGUCAUUUGCACCUGCCAGGCAGGGACCGUGCGGUGCCAGGGGCCCUCAUGCUCAGAGCUCAGCUGCCGGGAGAGCUACACGCCUCCGGGCCAGUGCUGCCCUGUCUGCCGGCCAGGCUGUGAGUAUGAAGGGCAACUCUAUGAGGAGGGGGCUGACUUCCUGUCUAGUUUCAACCCUUGCAUACGCUGCUCCUGCCUGAGGAACCUGGUCCACUGUCUGCCUGUGACGUGCCAGCCCAGCCCCUGUCCUAAACCCGUUCUGAGGCCCGGCCACUGCUGCCCCACCUGCCCAGGCUGCACAGAAGACGAUGUUCAUAGGGAACAUGGCCAAGAGUGGACUGCGCCCGGGGACCCCUGCCAAAUCUGCCAGUGCCUGGAGGGCCACAUUCAGUGUCGCCAGCGGGAAUGUGCCAGCUUGUGUCCAUACCCUGCCCGGCCCCUCCCGGGCACCUGCUGCCCUGUGUGUGAUGGCUGUUUCUUGAAUGGGCGUGAGUACCACGAUGGGGAGCUGGUGCGCUCUGGGGACUCCUGCUCUCUCUGCCACUGCGCAAACGGGAGUGUCCAGUGUGAGCCCCGGCCCUGCCCGCUGGUGCCCUGCAGUCACCCUGGCAGAGUUCGUGGUCAGUGCUGCCCGGUCUGUGAUGGCUGUGAGUACCAGGGAAACCAGUACCAGAACCAUGAGACCUUCCGCCUCCAGGAGGGCAGCCGCUGCCUGCGCUGCACCUGCCAGGCCGGCGAGGUGGUUUGUGAGGAGCAGGGCUGCCCAGUGGCCCCCUGCACCCCGUCUGACUCCAGCCCCCAGCUCUGCUCAGCCUGCGUGCUAGAUGGAGAGGAGUAUCCUGGGGGCAUCCAAUGGGAGCCCGAGGGUCAGCCGUGCACCACCUGCUCCUGUCAAGACGGGGUGCCCUUGUGUGGGGUUGUGCUGUGCUCUCCAGCACCCUGCCAGCACCCCACUCAGCCCCCUGGUGCCUGCUGCCCGAGUUGUGACAGCUGCACCUACCAAGGCCAAGUGCACAUCAACGGGCACAACUUCACUGAGUCAGGAAGCCCCUGUCGCACUUGCCGCUGCGAGGAAGGGACAGUGAGGUGCUCAGUGGUUCACUGUCCUCCCACCACCUGUGCCAGGCCCAAGAUGGGACCCGGCCAUUGCUGCCCCCAGUGUCCAGGCGACUUGUCUGCCAGGAAAGCCUUGCUCAGGUUGAUUGGAGUAUCUACUUGUGCAACUUGGGCUCCUGCCACAAACAUUGGGGUCUGGCUUGUGGGACGUCAGGGACCAGGGUGCUUUGUGUCCCAGCCCUUCUGUGUGGGGUGGGAAGCGGCUGUGCCAGGGCGAUCAGCACAGACACAGGUGCGCGCACACACCUGCGUUACCGCGCUGCUCCUGCAGGGGCACACUGCCCGCAGUCCCCGCGCCCGCGCCCGCGCCCGCGCCCUAGUGGCAGUCCCGUGGGACGCACCUCUAGGGCGGCCUGGCUACCCACCUGUCCCGACCUUUGUCCUCACCUCCCAUCACACCCAGACUGCAUCCUGGAGGAGCAGGCAUUCCCCGACGGUGCGAGCUUCUCCCAUCCCGGAGACCCCUGUCAGGAGUGCCGGUGUGAGGACGGCCAGGCCUUCUGCCAGCCUCGGUCCUGCCCCAGGGCUGCCUGUGCCCAUCCUCUGCCAGGCAUCUGCUGCCAGAACAACUGUGACGGCUAUGCCGCUGUCUGGUGAGCCGCCUUCUGCAGAGUGUAGUGGCAAUGUGCAGUGCCUGAGCCGCCGCUGUCCUCCCCUGCUGUGCCCAGAGCCUGUCCUCACCCCCGGAGAGUGCUGCCCGCAGUGCCCAGCCACCACCUCCUCAAGCUGCCUGAUUUCCGGGGGUGCCACCCCCACGUGCCCCCAGGAGCACUUCUCCCCACCUGGUGACCCCUGUCGUCGUUGCCUCUGCCUGGACGGCUCUGUGUCCUGCCAGCACCUGCCCUGCCCGCCUGCACCCUGUGCCCACCCACGUCGGGGGCCUUGCUGCCCUUCCUGUGACGGCUGCCUGUACCAGGGAAGGGAGUUUGCCAGUGGGGAACGAUUCCCGUCACCCUCUGCCACCUGCCAGGUCUGCCUUUGCUUGGAGGGGAGUGUCAGCUGUGAGCCCAGGGCUUGUGCCCCUGCACCAUGCUCCUUCCCUGCCAGGAGUGACUGCUGUCCUAUCUGUGAUGGCUGUGAGUAUCUAGGGGAGUCUUACUUGAGCGGCCAGGAGUUCCCGGAUCCUAGAGAGCCCUGUGGCGUGUGCACCUGCCUCACAGGCUCUGUCACCUGUGUUCCACGGCCGUGUGAACCCCCCAUUUGCAGUCACCCCAGCACCCCACCCGGGGGCUGCUGUCCCACCUGUGAAGGAUGUCACUAUCAGGGGGUUACUGUUGCCUCCGGGGAGACCCUCCCUGACCCCCUGGACCCCACUUGCUCCUUCUGCACCUGCCAGGACGGUUCCAUGCGCUGCCAGAAGAAGCCGUGUCCUCUAGCCCUCUGCCCUCACCCCUCCCCAGGGCCCUGCUUCUGCCCUGUGUGCCACAGCUGCGUCUCCGGGGGCCGGGAGCACCAGGACGGGGAGGAGUUCCAGGGCCCCAGUGGCAGCUGUGAGAGGUGUCACUGCCAGGACGGCCAGGUCAGCUGCGUGCAGCUGCGGUGUCCACCCCUGCCCUGCCCGCUCCAGGUCACAGAGCCAGGGCGCUGUUGCCCACGCUGCCGAGGCUGCCUGGUUGGUGGGAAGGAGCACCCAGAAGGCAGCAGCUGGCCGUCCCCGGAAGACCCCUGCUCCUCCUGCACCUGCCACGAAGGUGUGGUCACCUGUGCUCACAUCCAGUGCCUCAGUGCCUGUGCCCAGCCCCGCCAGAGACCUGGUGACUGCUGCCCUCGGUGCUCUGACUGUGAGUACCAGGGUCGGCGGUAUGAGCUUGGGGAGAGCUUCCAGCCUGGAGCGGACCCCUGUGAAGUGUGCAUCUGCGAGCUGCCACCUGAAGGCCCCCCAAGCCUCCUCUGUCACCGGCGGCAGUGUCCCAGCCUGGUGGGCUGCCCAACCAGCCAGCUACUGCCCCCUGGCCCCAAGCACUGCUGCCCCACAUGCACCCAAGCGCUGAGUAACUGCACGGAGAACCUGCUGGGGUCCGAGCUGGCCCCUCCAGACCCCUGCUAUACUUGUCACUGCCAGGACCUGACUUGGCUGUGCACUCCCCGGGCCUGUCCUGAGCUCAGCUGCCCCCCCUCAGAGCGCCACACCCGCCCGGGUAACUGCUGUCCUGAGUGCCAGGAAUGUGUGCUGGAGGCCCUGGCCCGGCGAGUGGCAGAUGGUGACAGCUGGCGGGACCCUAGCAAUGCCUGUGUGACCUGCACAUGCCUCCGAGGUCACGUGGAAUGCCACCCCGAGGAGUGCCCAGCCCUACCCUGCCCCCUGGGCUGGGAGAAGGUGCGGGAGGCUGACAGCUGCUGUGAGCGAUGCCAAGCCCUCUCGCAGUCCUGCACUCACCAGGGCAGGGAGGUGGCCUCCGGGGAGCGCUGGGCCGUUGACGCCUGUACCAGCUGCUCGUGUGUGAACGGCGCCGUGCGCUGCCAGAGCCAGCGCUGCCCGCCGCUGUCCUGUAGCCCAGACGAGGCCCCCGCCCUUAGUCCUGGCAGCUGCUGUCCCCGCUGCCUGCCCAGGCCUGCAUCCUGCAUGGCCUUCGGAGACCCGCACUAUCGCACUUUCGACGGCCGCCUGCUGCACUUCCAGGGCAGCUGCAGCUACGUGCUGGCCAAGGACUGUGGCGCCGGGGACUUCAGUGUGCAAGUGACCAACACUGACCGUGGCAGCAACGGGGUGGCCUGGACCCAGGAAGUGAUGGUGUUGCUGGGAGGUGUCACCGUGCGGCUGCUGCAAGACAGGCUGCUCACGGUGGAUGGGCGCCCGGUGGCAUUACCCUUCCUGCAGGAGCCCCUGCUGUACGUGGAGCUGCGGGGACGCACUGUGAUUCUGCACGCCCAGCCAGGACUCCAGGUGUUGUGGGACGGGAAGUCGCAAGUGGAGGUGCGUGUGCCCGGCUCCUACCGCAGCCGGAUGUGUGGGCUGUGUGGGAACUUCAAUGGCUUCUCCCAGGACGACCUGCAGAGCCCAAAGGGGCAGAUCCUGCCCACAGAGGCUGCCUUCGGAAACAGCUGGCAGGUUCCCGAGGGGCCGGGACCUGGCCGCCCCUGCUCCAAGGGCCUGGAGGUGGACCCAUGCCGAGUGGCAGGCUACCGAGCCCGGCGGGAGGCAAAUGCCCGCUGCAGGGUGCUGAAGUCCCGUGCAUUCAGCCGCUGCCACGCCCUAGUGCCACCAGAGCCUUUCUUCGCUGCCUGCGUGUAUGACCUUUGUGCCUGUGGCCCCGGCUCCUCCUCUGCCGCCUGUCUGUGUGAUUCCCUGGAAGCCUAUGCCAGCCAUUGUCGCCAGGCAGGGGUUACACCCGCCUGGCGGGGCCCCACACUCUGCGUGUUGGGCUGCCCGCUGGACCGUGGCUUCAUAUUCGACGAGUGUGGCCCUCCCUGUCCCCGCACCUGCUUCAACCUGCACCUGCCCCCGGGGGAGCUGGCAGCGCACUGCGUGAGCCCCUGCGUGCCCGGCUGCCAGUGCCCCGCUGGUCUGGUGGAGCAUGAGGCCCACUGCAUUGCUCCUGAGGCCUGCCCCCCAGUCGUGCUGACAGGGGAGCAGCCCCCCAGCCCCAGCCAGGAGCCCCAGGGGCCACUGUAAGCUGAGACCAUGGCAGAGCCUGUCAGGCCCCAUUGGAGAACAACUGGCUCCCUGUCUGGCCUGAACUGUGGAGAAAGUUCCAGCUGGGAGCUAGGAGCCUGGGUUCGAGUUUCAGACUCCAACUGUGUUGAGCAAGGAACAGUAAACUCAGGAGGGCCUCC